GGAGCCUGGACAUACAGUUUGAAACUAGAACUUUCUCUGAGGUGGAAUGCUCUUUUUACCUCAAUCGACAGGAAUCUACUGCUGCUUCCUGCUCAUUAUGUUUCUCAAUGUUGAAUUUCACGGACCUGGGAUCUGGCUAUCUGUUAACCAAAACGUGUAGACGAACAAGAAGACACCGACCAAGAGAGAGAAAGGAUGAUGGGGCAAUUACGGAAUACAGAGGAUGGGGGUGUAGUGGAAGGGUUCAAUGCAGAAGAGUUAGAGUGUAAGAUCUGCUACUGUGCCUAUAGCCUUGGGGGGAGGCGGCCCAAGGUACUUGAGUGUUGCCAUCGUCUGUGCGCCAAGUGUCUGACCAAGAUUUUAGACCUUGGUGAGUCACCCCCGAAUGCUGUGGUGUGCCCAUUUUGUCGCUACAUCACCAGUUUGCCUGGGGAGGUGGUGAGCAGUCUACCGGAUGACUGCAACCUGGUAGCAGCACUUGCCCUCCAGAACCGGAACCAGAGGAACAUCCACUACCACCAUGAUAGCCCCACAGAGCUGCUCCUCAGCCCCAGGCAACUGAGCUCGCUGAUGGGAAGCAGUCCCAGUGCAUCCCCCUCCUUGUCUACCUCGACAACUUACUCUUCAAUCCGUGGCUCGCCUAACUUUGUGGUCAUCACCAUCAUGGAGCACCCUCCUCCAUCACCCCAAGAUCAUGUACAUCACCUGCCCCUCUCUCACCCCCCAGGAGUGGCCACAAUCCAGGGCAGGGAUUACCGUUCCGCCAGCCUGGACUCCAUGGCGUCCGUCACCCAGAGGUGCACAGUGUGGAACUGCGCUGCCCUCCUGUGUCAGACCUCGGCAAGGGCGCUGGUGUGGGUCUUAGGACUGCUCUACUUCAGCUCCCUGCCAAUGGGAGUCUACUUGCUCAUUAUGCAGAAGACAAUUCUAGGGGUGCUCUUGGUUAGCCUAGUCCCCACUAGCCUUGUUUUGAUCAUGGUCUAUGGCUUCUGCCAGUGCAUUUGUCAUGAGUUCUGGGACUGCAUGCCCACAUAGAACCAUCCUUGAGUAGGUGGGCUGAAAAGAAAUCACCAGAUUUUUUAAUAUAUUUUUCAAAUUGAAUGACAUUGAAAAGGGUCACAUGAGAACUGUAAAAUGUUUCUUUUCUUAAGUUUUUAUUCUUUAAUUAUAAUCUCAUACUUGAUGAAGUUAGGAGAUUGUGUGAAAACCAAUUAUGUUCAAGAUAGUGUAACUAUUGGCAUUAUCUACAUUUCAGAUCAAAGUAUUAUUUUUUAGACGAACAGUGGAAAGUCCUGGAGGGUGUGAAUGAGUUUGUGUUGGAGUCAUCUAUUUGGCUAAUGACUGUAUAGAAUAAAUACAAAACAUUUAGAGCAAUUAACAAGAAGCUCUUAUAGAGAUAAACGGGUCUAGGUAUUUUAAUUAAAUGAGCAUUGAAUUGUGCAUGGAUGAAGUAGUACUUAAUCAAAAUAACGUUAUAAAUCUGCCAACUGUGUCUACUUGUUGUGUGGCUUAGGAUUUAACUACCACAACAUUUUUUUGUCACAGUCCUGAUAGAGCAUAAGCAGGCAAAUCGAUGCUUUUUAAUCUGGCACAAUAUAAAAGGGUGCUGUUCUGAUAAAGUGUAAUAUAACCCUGCUUUGGUUUUUACUUUUAGCAGAUUGCAGUAUGCUCAUAGUAACAUAUAACAUUAAAAAAAUUACUAACAUAAAUAGACUGUUAAAUAGACAGAUCUUCUGUUCUGAAAACUAUUAACUUUUGAUACACAACUCAACAAUUUGAGAUUCCAAACCGAGACUGGUGUCACUUUCUCAUACGUGAGGCGGGUGUUCUAAAGAAGAAUCCAACAAAAAAGGAAUAAUAAAACCUUUACCAUAUUGUAUGAAUGAGAAUUUAUAAGGCUUUUGUAAGGCUUUGCCAGGAAUUCAAAUAGCUGUUCGUUUUGCUUGCUGUGUGAACAGUUUAUAGUCCUGUUAACAACAUAGCUGCUAUGUAAUUUGAAAUGAUGUAUGUAGUUAUAAUGUAGCCAUGUUAUUUUGUGUGUUUCAAUGCCUUAUUUACCGAACAAAGGAGAGAUUUAAAGAAAUUAGAAUGCAGGCAAUGAGAAGUCUUUGCUGUGGUACUGUAGUCACCUUUUUGAUGAAUGAAACUCUCAGGCAAAAUCACAUGUACAGUAUGCAUCCAGUACAAAAAAUAAAUUUACCUCAUGGUCAAAAUGUUCUUAAUCAUUCAAUAGACUGCAA